GGCGGACACCCUGUACUCUGAUAUUAUUUUAUGCUGGGCCUCGUUCGUUCUCACGUCGGUUUUGAAGGCCGUGAGCAAGAAUACUUUGUGUAAAUGAAAGCAACUAGGCAUCAUGGUGGUAUGUGUUUCGCAGAGAUAGUCAUAAAUGGAAGAACAUGACACUAUUGACGUGACCAUUGUAUUGCCGGUUUACAAUGCAGAAGAGUGGUUGGACGAGUGUUUGCAGUCCAUAUCACUCCAGCCAAAAUGUUUUCGUGGAACGAUACAACUGUCUGUUUUCAACGACUCCAGUACGGAUACUUCCGCUGAAAUAUUAGAGUCAUGGAAACCCAAACUAGAAGAUGCUGGAAUAUCCGUCGUGAUAGGGAGUCAUCACUCAAAAUCACCCUUAGGAGUGGGAUUUGCCAAGAAUAAAGCUGUAGGUCAAAGUCAUGGCAGGUUUCUAUGCUUUCAAGAUGCAGAUGACGUGAUGGAAGAAGAAAGAAUAGAACUACAGUAUGGUGAAGCAAAAAUUCAUAGCAGUUCUAUUAUUGGGUGCCGUUUCAGACGCUCUCCAGCUGAUUCUACCAAACGAUACACAAAGUGGUGCAAUAACUUGACACAGAAACAACUUAUCAUGCAGGUUUACACAUCACAUGGUCCGACCGUCAUCAUGCCAACAUGGUUCUGUUCACGGGAAGUGUUCAAUAAAGUCGGUGGAUUUAAUGAAGAAGGAAAGGGUGUGCCAGAAGAUUUAAUAUUCUUCUUAGAGCAUCUAAAACAAGGUGGUAGUGUGUACAGAGUAGAUAGAUGCCUUCUGAUGUACCGGUAUCAUCCACAGGCAGCAACACACUCAGUACAUUGUGAUACCAUCUGGAAAAUCCGAAUGUCUGCAAUCCAGGAAAGGGUUCUUUCUCAGUGGGGUUCUCUUACCAUAUGGAAUGCUGGCAAACAAGGCAGGAAGUUCUACAGGUCAUUGACAGAGAAAAAUAAAAAAAAGGUUAUUGCUUUUUGUGACGUAGAUAUCAAGAAGAUCAGGAAAGGUGUUUAUAACUACGAAGAAAGUCAAGAGACUCCAAAACCACAGAUUCCUAUCCUCCAUUUCAGUGACGCCAAGCCACCAUUCAUCAUAUGUGUUAAAUUGGAUUUGACUGGAGGUGGUUUUGAAUCAAAUCUCUCAUCGAUGAAUUUGAAAGAAGGAAUUGACUAUUAUCACUUCGGGUGAAAUGAACAAUUGCAUUUGGUUGCCAUAGAAUCAAGAUUUCAAGACAUGUAGUUUCUAUCUGUAUCGCAUCUUCAAUGUGCUGAGGUAGCGACUCAAGUUUUUAGGUUUUGAGAAUAAAUUGCCACCAAAAUACAAGGACGUUAUUCAUUGAAAUGCUGCUGUGCCUUCACAUGAACACCCUCCCUCCUAAACUGCAACCUGUGUACAGUAUGACUGGUUUGGAAAAACUGUCACAUCUAACACAAGUGAAACUCACACAGGCAAUCUGCAACUGUGGUCAAAGUCGAUACAUUAGAAAAUAGAAUACCGGAACUACAAAUGGUAUAUAUACAUUGUAUGUAUAUCAGAAACAAAAAAAUCUAACUGCAAUAUUUGAAUAAAAUAUUUCG